GAAGAUGUGGUGUGAUGAAGCAGGAGAAGGUUGAGCAUGCUGAAGUGCUGAAGUGCUGAAUUGCACCUCCUUCUGGUUCAAUGAAUAUUCCUGGCAGGGUUUUGCAGCUAAAUGAGAAAUUGAUUCAGAUUAGCUUUACUGUAGGUACUUUGUGGAUGUUCAUAUGGUAGAUAUUCUUAUAUAAAGUAAUAAAAGCAGAGAGAUAGAAAGUUUAGGUAAAGCAAAGAAACAUAUAAUGAUGCAAAACUAUCAAACAAAACUGAUGAAUGAUUAAACAAGCACUAAAAUUGGGACAUAAAAUAGUUUUAUCUAUUUUCUUUAGAUAAUCUAUUAUCUAUUUUCUUUCUUCUCCUAUUGGUAACGUCUGUUCCGAGAAACUCUUUUGAUUAUGAUUUUUUUUUUUACAUUCCACAGAGUUUUCCCUGCAGGGCCUUGUUGUAUCCACCUGUCCAUGCCACGUAUCAUUCCUUAUGCCAUCUCGAAGCAGCCUCUGUGAUGCGUCUGCAUGUCCCUCACUCUGCGCACAGACUGGAUCUGGGGAUGACUGGCACCCCAUUCGUUCCAGUGUUUAUAGGAUCCAAAUUCAAACAGGCUACGGCUGGAUGUCUGAUGUCUACCUCCAUCAGCAAAAAGCAUGGCACUCAACGGCCCCUAUCUCUUCAAUGCUCUCUCUCUCACACACUCAUUCACUCUCUACAGCAUGGCUAGCAAUGUGCUGACCUCAGUAGACUGGCCACAGACCUCACCAUUGAGAGAAAGAGGACUUGUUGCCGUUGUGUGAAGCUUCAGCAGUUUUCUGGGUGGUUACAGUUAUAUUUUAUGUUGUCAAGGAUUUUGGAGCUUAAGUUUGAAGUAAAAGUUGUGCAUUUCAGUACUCUAAAUUUCCUGAUUUAGUAUUACACAAAACAUAAAUAGUGAUGCAUUUAAUUAUUCACACAAUCACAUACCUACGACUAUCAACAAAUCAAAAAUACAUCUCUUUGUAGAACCACAUUGAAACUUACCCAAAAACCUGCAAAAUUAUGAAUCAAUCUUCUUAUUUACUUGAAUGCCAUAAUUCACACACUUCAUUUUACUUAGUCAUGCACCUCUUAGAGCGACACCGGGCCCCAGCCAUGCAGCCUGCUUUGCAUAAAGUCAAAGGAGUGGGCAGGACAUGGAUGUUGAAUGGAUGUGCUUGUAAGGGCCUGUUGCGUGUGUAUGCAUAUGUGAGGCAGAGCGUCUGUAUGUGGGCGAGUAUGUAAAGGCAGGUGGAAGUGGGUUGUUGAAACAUUCUGUAGCUGCCACCACGCUGAGAGGAGAGCGGAAGGGUCUCAGUGCAGCAUAAAAAUUGACUUUUAAUGAUAGAUAAUUUUUCGUUUUUAAUAUUUAAGGAUACCUAAAAGUUGUUGCAAAGCUUGCACCAAGCAUUUUUUGCUUGGAAAAAAAAAAAAACCUUCGGUGAAUCUUUGUGCUGUUUUUGCUGGAACGAUCUCAAGUCGAAACAGCUUGCUUGUGUUUCUGCAAGCAUGUGUGCUUUGCCGUACACUCCGGUCAUAUGUAAAAGCAUGCAUGGAAUCACAGUGCCUGGCAUCCACUCCGUUGGCAGAUGCCAGUAGGCACGAUGCCUCCCUGGCUACGGCAGAUGGCAUUGUGAGCUGGGUAAAGCCAAAGGCUCAGUCCAAAACAAUGAGGCCUGAGGCAAAGUGCUGACUCCUGCCUGCCCUGUGGCCAAUCUUCCCUUUCUGUCAUGAUACAUAUAAAUAGAGCCCUUAGUUGGAGGUCUGGAGACCGUUGUGUGGAACUCCUGAGUGCUUGCAGCUAUUUGUUGGGUAGGUCAGGUCUAUCAGCAUUGAAAUAUCUUCAAGGAUGGCUCUGACUAAUCCCAUGCCAAUGGGGCCAUGGAAGCUCACAGUCUAUGACCAAGAGAACUUCCAAGGCAAGCGCAUGGAGUUCACCUCAGCCUGUCAAAAUAUAAUGGAAUGUGGCAUGGACACUGUCCGCUCUCUGAAAGUGGAGUGUGGAGCCUGGGUGGGCUUCGAACACUCCAGCUUUUGUGGGCAGCAGUUCAUCUUGGAGAGAGGCGACUACCCUCGCUGGGAGUCUUGGAGCGGCAGCAAUGCCUACCACAUCGAGAGGCUAGUAUCCUUCCGGCCAAUCUGCUCUGCUAACCACAAGGAGUCAAAGAUUACCGUCUUUGAGCGAGAGAACUUUAUCGGACACCAGUGGGAGAUAAGUGACGACUACCCCUCUCUCCAGGCCAUGGGCUGGCCCUCCAAUGAGAUCGGAUCAAUGCAGGUGCAAAGUGGGGCCUGGGUUUGUUACCAGUACCCCGGCUACCGUGGUUACCAGUACAUCAUGGAGUGUGACCACCAUGGCGGCGAGUACAAACACUACAGGGAGUGGGGCUCCCACGCUCAGACCUUCCAGGUGCAGUCCCUCCGCCGGGUUCAGCAGUGAGGGCACCUCGCCCAGCUCCCUUCCUCCCUCCCCCACCUCCUCCUCCUCCUCCUCCUCCUCAUCCUCCUCAUCCUCUUCCUGCACCUCUUCCUCACCUCCACCCCUUCAUUCCGAUACCAGCAAGCCCAGCACAGGCUGAACGUCUGGUGCAUUCGGCAAAUGUUUACAGCGCUUUCUUCUUUCUGCAUGCCAUCGAUUUGAAAGAAAAGAGUCCGAGGAAGAACUCAAGCAGACUGAUUCUGUGAGCGGCACAGUGGUGUGAUUUAAGCUUUGCUUCUCGUCACUGUCAUGAUGCAGUCUGUGCAAAAGAGAUCAAUAAAGGGUACACACAUAAAAAACAA